UCAAAUAUAUUUACAAUAAAUAUGAGUCUUAUAUACAUGAAUACAAGUUAGUUGAAAAAUUAUUAAUAAAAAUAAAUUGCUUUUUCCAAUUUGGCAUACUUGAAUUUCGUUGAAAUAAAAAGUUAGUUACUUAGACAAAAAUUGGAAUGUUAUGAUAUAUCUAAAAAUAACAUUAACAGUAUUAUUGUAUUUUAUCGAAAAUUAAACCAGUUUCCAGGAUUUUUAGAAACCCAAAACUUAUUUCAAAGAAUAAUGAAAAAUAGAAUUUAAAUUAUACAAUUUCACGAAUCCGGGAAAAACUAUUUGACAAUUAAUCUAGGAAAAUUUGUUAAAACUAUAAUAUGAAAUUAAACUUUUUUCAAGAUUUGCAAUUUAUUUACAAGAGUUUUAAUAAAUAGAAUUAUUUUUGUUAACAACUAGAUUUUUUCCUUAUCUAUUUCGAAAAAUUUUCAAGGCAAGAUUGCAUUGUUCUAAUCAAAUACUUUAUAGUAACAUGUUAUAUCAGUCACGGUCUACAUAUUACAUAAAAAUAAUUACAAUUUCAAUCAUUUUUUAUUUUCACAAAACAUAUUUUGUGACAAUAACCAAUCAACAAUGUUCUGUAAAUUCCAUAUUAGAGAUUUCAAGAAAGCUUUUGGUAAACUUGAGUAUGUAAAACUUCUCAUAAAACUAAAAUCAGUAAAUGCUUAUUAACAACUAUUUCAGUCGAAUACAAAUAAUUUUUUAACCCUACAACGGCAACAGGGGUGAUGUGUCACGUAGGUAAAUUUGUUAUCGCUAGAGUGGAAGUAGACCACGUGUGACCUUGGGGAUUUUGGUAUUCCUCAGUUUGUCCUCUGCCUGUACGCAGGAAACUGUGCCAAUCCAAUUAUUCCAAGUGCUUUGAAAAAAUACCAUGGGGUGACGGGUAACCCCUGUUGUCAUUCGUGAUCACUUUAUUUUCUGUGUAUAUCAAGAAACUUUAUUUUUCAUUUCAAAAUGUUUAACGUGAUCGCUUUAUGGAUCCCCAUUUUAUAAAUGAGUAAUGAGUAUGAAUAGGUUUAGGUUUAUGUCUUGCUUCCAAUCAGAGAACUUUGGACAAAGUUCCUUGAUAAAUGUGAAUUACUUGCAUUUCGUGGCCGAUGCUCUUUCAAAGUUUACCAGAUAAAUAUAUUGGAAAGGAACCAGGCAAAACCUCAGCAAGUUAUUACUAACAGGUUUAAGUCGCAAUAUAACGUGUAAAAACAAGUUUACGCCCAUUCCUUUAGCUCAGGGGUGGACAAAUAUUUUUUAACCCGGCCCAAAAUGAAAUUUUCAAAAUGUCUCCCGAGUCGGAGGACCAUAUUGCGUACGGUAUGGUCCUCCUGGUAUGGCCAUAUUUGCAAAAUAACGAAGAUGUAUGCGACCAGUGCUAAAUAAAAAUAAACAGUACGCGUGCUUCGAACUGUCGUCCCUCGAGGAGUUAGAGGAGUGCACGUUCAAUUCUAUGCAGUAAGUUGAUCAGAGUAGUGCAUACAAUAAAGUAGGGAUAUUGUAGCUAUGCUCAAUUAUUGUUGAUUCAAGAGAUUAACUAAAUUGCCUGAAGGAUUUUUCAACGGACUGGGUAAAGUAAGCAAAAGGACUGGAUCCUGCUCGCCCCUGCUCAACAAAUGUUGAAUGAUCAUAAGUUAACAAUGGUACGCCCUUCAAACAAACAAACCAUUCACUACCACAUAAUUACGCUAUUUGGUCCUACAAACCUUCCGGCUCGAAGGACCAAAUAGAGUAGUUAUGAGUGUUGGUGAAGUAGUUAGAAAGCUGGAAUCAACUCCAAUGUUUUUAAUGUAAUCGAAAAACCUAGAUACAAGUAUCGGUCUCAAUACAAAUUACAAUAAAAUAUUUUUGAAAUAAUUCGAUUUUUCCUAAUAUAAUGUCAUAGUUACUACCAGAGAUGUGACAUUUUAAAAAUAACAGUAUUUGAAAUGCAAAAUACAAAAUACCUAUUUCCAUUUUGUAUUUAAAUACUUUUUUUAGAAAAGCAUUUUAUAUUUUAUUUGAAAUACCUUUUAGGACAUAUUUUGUAUUUGCAAAAUGCAAAAUACUUUUUGCUAAGUUUUGUAAACAUCGAAGAAUUAAUAAUUAAUGUGUUACAAUCUUCAAUUAAAAUCUUGUUACAAUAAAAGAGCACUGUAAAUAAAACACUAUGUAACUUGGUCUGAUCAGCUUCGUUUAUUAUCGACUCUUUUCGUAUGAAUUCGGGAUUAUUCGGUCACCUUACCGUGCGGUGAGUUUUCGUUCCCGAAAACGCUAAUAGUAGUAAUCUGUGCAAGCCACUUAGGUUGCCAAAUGUGUUGAACCGAACGAACGAAUUAUCUCUUUUUACACUUUUAAUAAAGUUAUCUUGCUUUCCGAUAAAAUAAUAACGAAACCAAAAAAGUGAACCAAAUAAUUAUUGAACUGUUUCGAGUUUGUUUGCAAGUUGAUCAUAAAUUCGGUUAACCGGUAACCUAACCUUGGUAACUAUCUUUUCAGUGAAUUAAAUUUGAAAACAUGUAAGUACACAAAAUGAAUAAUUAUAUCUCAUAUUAUUUUUAAUUAGCUACCCGCUACCCACCAAAUCCAAUUUAUAAACAAUUACCUAUGUUUUCAUAUUAAAACAAACAACGAUUGUUAAAUACUUUAAUUAAUACAUUGAUUUAUCUAUACCUGCAAAAUGCAUACAUGUUAUUUUUAUGCUUAAUCCCCAUGAUAUUUUCUAUUUUGUUUCAGGGAUGAUAAUAUUUCUCUACCAUUGAUAUUAAAGUAUUGUUUUAAAGAUAUAAAAAAGGAUACUGGAAGUGAGAAUAAUAAUAUAUCGGCUGUUUGCAAGAAAUGCUCUAAAACAUUAAAAGGAAGUCUAAUUUCAACUACAAAUUUUUUAAAUCAUAUAAAAAGAAAAGGUCAUGGUGAUCUAUUGACAGAGUAUGAAAAUUUAAAAUCCCAAACCAAAACCUCCAAAAAGAAAAAAUGUGGCACACACACUGAUGAAAAUAGUGCAAGUACUUCGAAAAAACUGAUACAAAGCACUCUUCCAACUACUUUGCCAGUGUCAAUUAAUUUAGACAAGUUGGUUAUAGAUUUUAUAAUUGAUACAAUGUCACCAAUAUCUAUUGUCGAAAAUAAAUCAUUUAGGACUCUAAUUGAAGGUGCUCAAAAACUACAAAACCCACCAAAAUUUAUGUGCCGUCGCACAUGUAACAAGAGGAUUGCUGAUAUGUGCGCAGAAUAUAAGGAAAAUCUAAAAAUAAAAUUAAAAACCGUUGAUUAUGUGUGUACGACAGCAGAUGUUUGGUCAUCAUCAAGGAGAAGUUACCUAGGUAUGACUGUUCAUUGGAUUGAUCCUCACACAUUUGAGAGAAAUAGUUUUACUCUUGCUUGUAGAAGAUUUAAAGGAACUCAUACCUUUGACAAAGUGGCCGAACUGAUCAUUGACAUACACACAGAGUAUCAUUUGAGGGUACCAAAAAUAACAAAAACUGUAACUGAUAAUGGCUCAAAUAUGUUAAAAGCAUUUAAAAUUUAUGGAAAAUCUGAAUUGGGAAUGGACGCUACUGAUGGAAUUUUUUUUUCAUCAUCUGACAUAGAAAACAUUUCAGUAAAUAAAAAUGAUGACGACCAUAAUAAUAAUAAUGAACAUGACGACGAUGAUGAUGAGACAUUUCUCUUAAAAGAAUUUCCUGAAUCUCAAAAACCUGAAGAAACAUAUCAACUGCCUAACCAUGAAAGAUGUACCACCCACACAUUGCAUUUAAUUACCUCUCGUGAUAUUAUUCAGGCAAGAUCUCAAAAUAUUUCAUAUAAAAAGCUGCAUGAUGCAGCUAUGGCUAAAUUCCAAGCAAUUUGGAAUUUGUGUUCAAGGUCCCCCAAAGCGUCUGAAAUAUAUUGUGAAACUACCGGGAAAUCUCCGACAAGUCCAUGUCCAACAAGAUGGAAUUCAUAUUAUAACUGUAUUAUAGAUCUUUUAAAAGUUCAGGAAACUUUAAAUGAAACCUUAAAAAAACUAGGAUUGUCGGUUUUUAAAGAAAUUGAAUUGCAGUUUCUAAUUGAAUAUACCAACUGUACAAAACCCAUAGCAGAAGCUAUCAAAAGCUUAGAGGGAGAUAAAGAAACAUUUUAUGGAUGCCUGCUACCUGAGUUAAUAAGAAUACAAAAAAUCUUGCAUUCAUUACAAAUGGACAAUCCCAUAUACUGUGGAGUACUGAUAGAGACAAUAAAAAAAAGCUUAGAAAGGAGGUUUGGAAAAUUUCGUGAUUUGAAGGAUCCUAAAGCUAAAGAUGCAAUUUUGGCAUCGGUGUCAUAUCCUUUUUUUAAAUUAAAAUGGGUGCCAAAAGGAAAUAGAGAACAUAUAAAGGAAUUGUUCCUUGCAGAAGUGAGUAAACUUAAAAAUGAUCAUAAAGAUCUAAAUAAUACAUCCCAAUCAUCACACAAGAAAGAAAAAAAUGAAUCCUACUACAUGUUCUAUGAUGAUUCGGAUUCCUCACUAGCUAGUGAUAGUGCAAAUGCAAACACCACUAUUGACCUGGAAUCAUUGCAAUAUUUGAAGGAUAAUGAUGUCAGCCUGCAAUCAUUAAAUAAAUAUCCUACAGUAAAGAUGUUAUUCUUGAAAUAUAAUACCUGCUUGCCUAGUUCUGCGCCAGUAGAGAGGCUUUUUUCUUAUGGUGGCAUGAUUAUGAGACCACACAGGAGAAAGAUGAGCGACAGUGUAUUUGAGCAAAUUAUUUUAUUAAAAUCUGUUAAAUAAAUUUAAUUUAAGUAAGUUAUCAAAGUAAAUUUACCAGCCUGUUAGCUGGCUAAAAUAAAUAAACUUUUCAACAAAAUAAAGAUAAUUUAAAACUAAAAGUAUUUUAUUUUAAUAAAGCAUUUUGUAAAUACGUAUUUUGCAUUUAGUAUUUUAAAUAUAAAAUGAAAAACUAUUUUGUAUUUUGUAUUUGAAAUAACAAAAUACAAAAAGUAUUUGCAUUUUGCAUUUAAAUACAUUUUAUAACCUAUUUUGCACAUCUCUGGUUACUACUCGGAGUACGAAUUUUUUUAUAGGGAAACAACAGAUGAUAGAAACUAAGUUGGAAUUUCCGGAAUCGUUAGCGAUAUCAGUACUACCACUACACCAACACGUACAGUUACACUGUCUGUGAUCCUUUGAGCAUUAAUAGGUUUAUAUAUGGCUGGAUGAACCAGAUAUUGGAAUUGCGAGUGUUGUGGUGUACUCCUUAUGAUAUGGGGAAAAAAUUCAUAUUUAACCUAAGCAGCAUUCUAGUAAUUAUACUAUGACGUAGUCACCUACAAAUUUCGUAAAAUAUGUUUUGCGAAUAAAAAAAAUGGAAUGAUUUUUAGAGAAAUUACAUUUUUUUUGGAAACUAGUGAAAACAGUUCGGUUCUAACUAGAUGAAGUUGUUCAAUUAAAUCUAGUAGUAAAAUGAACAGUUAAGUGGCAUUAUCAUUGACCAAGUCAUAACAUUAAUCAUAUAUAAACGUUUUAAGUAGCUGGAUUCACUUUAUUAUUAUUCGUUAUUAUUUAACACACUUGCUAAUGCAAGAUUAAUAUCUUGGUCCUUUCUAAAUGAUUCCCGAAUAGAGAAAGUCUAGAAUUAUUGCGGUUUAACAUUUCUUAUGACAACUAUAAACGUCUUUGUUAUCAUGAUAUUUCUGUUUCUCAAGAUAUUUAUUCAUUCAUUUUAUUUUUGCCAAAUUAUAGAAUAUUUGUUAUAUUGCUUUAAAACAGCAUUUAGGGCGAACCAUAGUACGUACCAUCAGUGAUUUUAUUUUGGCACAUUAGACCUGUACAGUGAACCAGCUCCACUAUCGACUGUCAGAGCAGACCAUGGUUUGUAUCUUACCUAUCGAAAACAAUUGGCAAGAGCUACGGACAAACUUAAGUAAAUUGCCAGCUAACAGUGGUGUACCUCAGGGUCCAACUUUGGGCCCAGUUCUUUUUUUGGUAUUCAUUAAUUAUGUCACAGACGCCAGGGUAACCUGGAGUGGCCCAGAUAUACAAGCUUUACAUUCUACCAUGGGCAAAUAUCUCAUUACUAUUCUCUCUCAUGUCAAUCGAGGUACUAUCUGUACUAGUCCACUUUAAUGUGCACAUUAGCACCUGCAUAACUGAAAUGUAUUAAGUUUCAUCUAUUUUGUCCCAAAAUCCUCUAUAUUCUUCCAAACUAUAAACUUCCAUGUUGCAAACUUCUACAAAAUGUUAAGAAAUAUAGGUAGAUAGGUGUCACCCAACUGAGUUUUUACCAACAAUCCGCACAAGCUUGAGGCCGUGCGCUUUAGUGAGUUUUGUGAACUCAGAUUGAAAGUGAUGUUGAGGACAUCACUUGUCAGAUCUUGUCAUCAAAAUAAGCUACUAAGUACACAAUAUUAAAUUAUUAAAAACAGUUAUUAUUUAAGUUGUCGUUUCUUUUUCUGUGAGUAACAGACAGUUGGAUCACUAAUGGAAUGGUGACUUUUAUGUGGUUAUUCAGAAUAUUAACUCAGACUGCACGUUCCUUUUAUUCACUGAGCAGUGACGCCAUUAUGUGAGUGUAAGAUACUCGCAUAACUGAGUGUCUCAGUUGAAUGUAAAUGGAAAACAGCUAAUGGCUUCUUUUUAACCCAGAUAUUAUACUGUUCUUUUUAAAGGCAUGCAGUAUUCUGUACUGUUUUACAUUAUUCAAUAUAUCGGUUAGAAGAUGUCGCGGCGGUAAUGGAUAUCAAACUAUAUUUCAAUCAAGAUUUCAUCAGUUGUCUACGCUUAUAAUAUCACUGACUGCGACUCCGGAGACGAGAAUAAUAAUAAAAUCAAUCACUUACCAGGAAGUCAGCUCAGAAACGAUUUUGAGGUAAUAGUUGACGGGCAAGUAGAACAAGGAAACGACCCUUAUUUCAACGAAGAAGAUGAUUUACCUCCUGCAAUCUUAAAACAACAGCAGCCGUUUCAAUAACAAACAUCAGAGCCUGUUCUAAAAAAACUAACAUCUGCAAAUUAGCUAAAAGCAGAUCUCCAUCAGCACUCAAAGAAACUAUUGGAAACCACAAAUCGGACCUGGACAAAAACGUACUCCAUUGCAGCUUUUCAGUAUCUUUUUUGAAUGAAAUAAGGCGUUUUAUAGGCGUGACAAUGUAUUACCAACUAUUGAGAAAAUCGUAAGGAUACCCGUAAUGACAAAGUUGCAGAUGCAAUUUCCAAGAGACAGGUUUUCGCAUAUAAUGAAAAUAAUUCACUUAUGUGAUAUUAACAACGACUGAGACAAAUCAGAUGGGUUUGCUAAAUUAUGGCC